AUGGCGAUUCUUUAUUUUUUCAAAAGGGCUUUUACUGGUACAGGCCCUGGCGGUGGAAAGUCCUCUAACUUUCAGGAUGUCAACUCUGGGUAUGCAUCUGUAUCAGAGAUUCCAACAGAUAGGUUUGUUCCAUCUCAGUGCAGAAUCAAACCAUUAAGAAGACUCAUCACAAUCACGGAAACCUCAACGAUUAUCGUCCCUUCUUCGACGCUAGGUGUUAUACCGACGGAAACUCCUAUAGGACCAACUGUAACUCUUACAGUACCAUCUACCACUAGAACCUUGACUUCCAUCGCAAAACCCACCGUAUCUACCACUAAAACCUUGACUUCCAUCGCACAACCCACCGUACCUCCCACUGGAAUAGCUGCGAUUGCUCUUAGUGAGAUCUCUAGCUGGAAUGCAAUUGCCGCAACUGCGACAGAUCCGAUAAUGAAGGGUGCAUUGAAGUCCGCCAUUAGUCAAGAGAGUCGGGUUGCCAGCUUGACUCCGGGUUCUUACACGGCUGUUAUCACAAUAUCACCCGCUGAACAAACUAUUAUCGACAAGGCAAAUAAAGAUAGCGUUCGAAAUCAACAUACCACCACUAUAGUCUUGAGUUGUUUCGCUGUUUUGCUGUUCCUAGGAUGUAUCUACAUGCUCGGCUGGUACUUUCUACGAAAGUAUCGUCGACGAAGAGGAAGAAAAAUGCCCCCACUUACCGAAUAUGUUCCACCCAAUUUAGGUUCUUUGGGCGGUUUAAUAGCCGAGAUGGGUCGGGAAAACGUUAUUGAGCGAGAGGAACACGACAGUAGAACCGAUAGGAUUCAUAGGGUUCCGAGGGCUCCAAAGCCUCCAAGAGUUCAUAGUACUUUGCAAGAACUAGAGAUUCCAGCAGGGUUUGCAGAGUUACAUGGCUCUGUUCCAGAAAUACAAUCAGUGAGAUGUACGGGACUACAACAUGAAGGCGAAGGGGUAGCGAACUCAGAGAGAGUUCUCUGCGAAGUCUGA